AUGUCUGGAAAGGCAAAAGGCGACUCAAGGAAACCCAAAGCCGACAGGUUAGCAGAACAAGCUGAAAGCCGUAUUCUUACCUCUUUCAGACAAGCGUCAGGAGCCAGCCCGCAACCGAGUCCUACUUACAGAGCACAGUUUAUGGUGUUUACAAGAUUCCAGCAGUUGGGGCACGUUAAAAUCCCGACAAAGAUUGUAUCCACGGGCGCGGUGAUAUUUGCGCCAUUACAAGAGCUUGGGCUCCUUUGGAGAACAUUCGAUAUCUCCAAGAAGAGCCCGCGCUUCGUUCGAAAGGUCGAACGCAUCAGCAGCAAUCCCGGACAGUCCUGGAAGUUUGGGCAGGUCAAGCACAAAUCUUUGCAGGGCAUUCGUCAGCGUUGUGCAGACGUAUAA